GUCAUUCCCUCCUUCCCGUCCUUGCCACAAAAUCAAUCUCAGGAAAUGGCACUCAGAGGAUUCUUCUCCGUUCGGAGCACGCAAAUAAGCCUUUAUCGAACAACUGAAAUUCGUUUGGUUUCAUCUUCACUACUCAGCAGCAGCUCAAGAAACUCUCCUUACAUUUUUUAUGGUACUCUGCAGGACAGUAAUUCUUGGAGAAGUAAAUUUAGUAGUUGGAGCAUCGUAUCAAGCUUACACAAUAACUCCAGCGGUCUCCCUUGGACAUCAAGUGCAAAUCCCUUAUGUUCAACUACUGGACCCAAGCUUCCAAACUUUGGCUAUUUGCGACCAGUUACCAUGCAAGCUAAAGCAUCGCCACAAGCACGUCAAAUGGCAGCUGUCAAAGUUUCACUUAUGAGCCCCGGCAUCGUAUUUGAACCGUAUGCUCCUCGUGAAGCUAUGCCUUUUUGGACAAGAUGGUUAACAAGAACUGGAUGGAGAAGAAUAAAAGAGGAAAUUACGUCAGAGCUCAAAAGUGCAUAUGCAAUUGCUAAACUGCGCAAAACUGGGUAUUCAAAAAAAAAGUUCUAUGAUGAAGCACUUGAAUUGUACAAAGAGAUAAACACUUAUAUAGCAAAUGGAGAUAAAACAUCACUGAGAAAAUCAGUCACUGAGAAAAUGUACUCCGCUUUGAAGAAUGAGAUCAGACAAAGAGAAUCUGUGUGGAAUCAUGUAUACUGGGAGCUUGUUGAACCAAUUGUCACAAUACGGACUCUGCGAGCUCGUAUGAUUGGUGUUGAUCGGGAUGAUCUCAGUAAACUCUUUGUACAACUGACUCUUGAGCUUGUUACUAAACAGAAAUUUGAGGCCUAUAAUUCACAUGGAGCUGUUAUUGCUGGAGAUAAGAAUAAAGAGGUCCUUGUUCGUGACAUAUGGGUUUUUGAGAAAUCUCUCUUCCACACCGGAGCAUGCUGGCGCCUCUGUGGCAGAAUCAAAACAUGACUGGGCUUUCAUCCUAAAAGGAUUACAGUCGAGUCUCGUAGUAGCAGUUCAUAAUAUUGAGAGAGACGAAUCAGCCAGCUUUCACUGUAAAAAAAAAUCUCUGUUUUGCCCUGCCCCAUUAAAUUCUGGAUUCACCUGCAACCGCUGCCCGUUUUCAACUUCGGUAGCCAUUGCUGCAACUCCAGGAGCUUGCGGUGUUGCAUUGAAUUUUUUCUUACCAUCGUUAUCUUGUCUCAAGCAGAAAUGAAGCUCCUGUUCCUAUGUGGUUUGUGUUCUAGAAUGUUGAAUGUCAGCAAAUAGGUACUUAUGUUUCUUCACACAAUGUUAUGUUUAUUCAGGCAUUGUUGGAAGGGAUGCUAAUUUUUCUGGUGUGAACUCUGCUAAAAAAAUCCAAAAAAAAUCUUACAGCAGGGU